AGGUCCCUCGGUGGAGUAUAUAAGACAUGAGGGGACCAGGGAGAGACCCUACCUCGCUUCUCCCACCCAGACCUCUCUCUCUCUCUAUCUCUCUCCUAGGAGCAGAAACCUGUCAGCAUGUGCGACGACGAGGAAACCACAGCGCUGGUGUGUGACAACGGCUCCGGCCUGGUCAAGGCAGGCUUCGCCGGUGAUGAUGCUCCUAGGGCCGUCUUCCCCUCCAUCGUGGGGCGCCCCAGACACCAGGGUGUGAUGGUAGGUAUGGGCCAGAAAGACGCCUACGUAGGAGAUGAAGCUCAGAGCAAGAGAGGCAUCCUGACCUUGAAGUACCCCAUCGAACACGGCAUCAUCACUAACUGGGACGACAUGGAGAAGAUUUGGCACCACACCUUCUACAAUGAGCUGCGUGUAGCCCCAGAGGAGCACCCCACCCUCCUCACUGAGGCCCCCCUCAACCCCAAAGCCAACAGAGAGAAGAUGACCCAGAUCAUGUUUGAGACCUUCAACGUGCCAGCCAUGUAUGUGGCCAUUCAGGCCGUGCUGUCCCUCUACGCAUCUGGCCGUACCACCGGUAUCGUGCUGGACUCUGGGGACGGUGUCACCCACAACGUGCCCAUCUAUGAGGGUUACGCACUGCCCCACGCCAUCAUGAGGCUCGAUCUGGCCGGCAGGGACCUGACUGACUAUCUGAUGAAGAUCUUGACUGAACGUGGAUAUUCAUUCGUCACCACUGCUGAGCGUGAGAUUGUGCGGGACAUCAAGGAGAAGUUGUGCUACGUGGCUCUGGACUUUGAGAAUGAGAUGGCAACAGCAGCUUCCUCCUCCUCCCUGGAGAAAAGCUACGAGCUUCCAGACGGCCAGGUCAUCACCAUCGGCAAUGAGCGCUUCAGAUGCCCAGAGACCCUCUUCCAGCCUUCCUUCAUUGGUAUGGAGUCGGCCGGCAUCCAUGAGACAACCUACAACAGCAUCAUGAAGUGUGACAUUGACAUCCGCAAGGAUCUGUACGCCAACAACGUCCUGUCUGGCGGCACCACCAUGUACCCAGGUAUCGCUGACCGCAUGCAGAAGGAGAUCACUGCCCUGGCCCCCAGCACCAUGAAGAUCAAGAUCAUUGCCCCCCCAGAGCGCAAGUACUCUGUGUGGAUCGGCGGUUCUAUCCUGGCCUCACUCUCCACCUUCCAGCAAAUGUGGAUCAGCAAACAGGAGUACGACGAAGCCGGCCCAUCCAUUGUCCACAGGAAAUGCUUCUAAACGCCCAGCUGUCCAGCUGUCCAGCCGUCCGGCCCAGCCUCCACACGGAGAGAACCUGCAGUCAUCUCGUCCACUCAUCGCCUACCUACUCCUCCGAGGUGCUUAACUCCCCCCCUCCCUCCCUCCCCCCGGAACCGACAGCUCUCUGGUCAAGGAGACCCCCCUCCCCCUCUCCUUGGCACCCGGACAAAGGGGUCGGGGGGUCGUUCCUCGUCGCGGCCCCCCCUCUCCCCCCUGAACCCCCAUCUCUCUGUCGGUCCGACAUUUGUUUACGAGCCUUAGGUUGGAACUAAGCACCCCCCCCCUCCUCUCUCCCCACACUCUGUACAUGUUCGUCCCUCCAAGUCUCUCGUUCGAGUCCUUGUUUUGUUAUUUAUGAACCUUGACCGUGUUCACGUCAAUAAAAACACAAACACAAA